AUGGCCGAGCAGUUCGUUGAGUUCUACUACAACACCUUCGAUAACCAGCGUGGUAACUUGCUUGGUCUCUACCGUAAUGAUUCUAUGCUCACUUUCGAGAACGACUCCAUCCUGGGCGCUUCCAAUAUCAUUGAGAAGUUGACUACUCUUGCCUUCCAGAAGGUCUCUCACCAGGUCAGCACCCUUGACUCCCAGCCUUCUAAUGCGAAUGGCGGUAUCCUUGUCAUGGUGACUGGUAUCCUACUUGUCGAUGAGGAGGAGACUCCCAUGAAAUUCUCCCAGACUUUCCAGCUUUCGCCAGACGGAAGUGGAAGCUACUACGUUUUCAACGACAUCUUCCGUCUGGUUUUCGGUUAA